AUGGAAGAUGGUAAUCGACAACCGUGUGGAUUGUCCAUGGCAGGGUAUAAGAACGUAGCAAACAAAUUUCUACAGAAAACUAGCCUACUACAUUCAGCCAAACAAAUGAAAAACAAGUUUGACAACUUGAAGAAAGAUUGGGUCUCUAGGAAGAAGUUGGAGAAUGCCAGCCACGGCUUGACAGGGCUUGGGAACGACCAUGAGACAGGCUUGUUCACUGCACCUGACCAUUGGUGGGCCAAAGUGCAAACGAUGAACAACCGAUGUGCUAAAUUCAAGAGUGAGCCUCUAGAGCACGUAGACCUCAUGGAGCGCGUGUACUCUAGCGCAGCAACGACUGGGAAACAUGUAUGGACUCUAACAGAAGUGCGCGAUAAUGAUGCUGCUGCAACCAAUGCCAACGAGGAUAGCGGGACAGGACCUCUCAGUGCAGGCACACCACCACAGCCGAGCCAUGACACUGUCGGAGAGAACAUGGUUGAUAGUAGCCUCUUUGACGAUGCUCCCCCCUAG